AUGGUAGGUCGCCUUGUAUUUGUACACCCUACCUCUGGAGAGCUGUUCUAUUUACGGAUGUUGUUGUGUCACCAGAAAGGAUGUACGUCUUUUAAGGAUUUGCGUAUUGUAGCUGGAAUUGUGUAUCCAACUUUUAGAGUUGCCUGUAAUGCACUUCAAUUAAUAGGUGAUGAUGUUGAGUGGUUAACGUGUUUUACAGAAGCUGCAAUGUGGGCUACCGCAUCACAACUACGCUCGCUUUUCUGUCACCUACUCAUUUUCUGUAAGGUUAGCAAUCCACUAAGUGCUAAGUCCGCUGUGCCAUCCAAAUCAAUGAGUGACUUUGGUCUUCCUGUUCCGUCACUGGAUGUGACUGGUGUUCUACGAAAUCGUCUCUUAUUGGAAGAGAUGAGCUAUGAUAAGGAACAGCUACGGCAACAACACAAUAACCUUAUACGAAAGCUAAAUCACCAUCAAAGAUUAGUGUACAACAAUGUUGUCUCUUCCAUUGACAACAACAGACAUGUACUAAUAUUUGUCUAUGGGCACGGUGGGACUGGUAAAACGUUCCUAUGGACGACCAUUCUUUCCCAUUUGAGAUCUAUUGGUAAUAUCGCUUUGGCUGUCGUUGCGUCCGGAAUAGCAUCGCUUCUUUUACCGCCCGGUACAACCGCACAUUCAAUCAAAAUACUGAUUGAUUUAAAGAACAAAAAAUCAUGUGAUAUCAAAAAAGUACCUUCCUUGGCGAUCUUUUACAACAAACAACACUCAUACUAUGGGACGAAGCACCAAUGA